ACUGCACGUUGCCUGCUUCCAAAAGAGGAUCAGACGGCGACUAGACACUCGAAGGCAACCCGGAUCGGUUCGGUGGAUUUGCCCAUGCAAUUGGCGCAGUUAAGCGACUAUUUGGUGACCAGGAAUCAAGUCCUAGUAUCAACAUAACAUAGUUCACAAUCCAGCAAAGGGCUGCCAAUCUCGAGCGCUGACAAACCCCCGCGUGAAGAAACGACUUGACUUCCUGGUCGCUUGUGAAGGCAGACCGCUGCCCCAACUCUUACACAGAGAAACUUACUAAGAUGGCACAAGAAGCAAUGGCUCAGGCCAUCAUUGAGCAGACGGUGGUGAGCUUGGCGCGACAGAUGGAGCAGCAAGUGGACCGCGAGCUCAAUAAGCUUGAUAACCUCGGCGAGGAUGACAUUGAAGCAAUUCGUCUGAAGCGCGUGGCUGAAAUGAAGAAGCGGCAAGAGAAGAUGAAAGAAUGGGUGGCACGCGGGCACGGCGAGUACAACGAGAUUCAUUCGGAGCAGGACUUCUUCAAGGAGAUGAAGGGAGAGGAGCGCAUGAUUUGCCACUUCUAUCGCGAGAACUGGCCGUGCAAGGUCAUGGACAAGCAUCUAUCGAUUCUGUGCAAGAAGCACUUGGAAACCAAGUUUGUCAAGCUGAACGCGGAGAAGGCGCCCUUCCUGACGGACCGGUUAAAGAUCUGGAUGCUGCCCACCCUGGCGCUGAUCCAGAACGAGAAGACGGUGGACUACGUGGUGGGCCUGGACCAGCUGGGCGGCAAGGACGACUUUGAGACGUCGGUGCUGGCGGAGCGGCUCGCAAAGAGCGACAUGAUUGACUACGACUGGAGCGCGGGCGGCAAGGCGGCGGCGGCGGCGCCCAAGGGUAUCCGUAAGGGCGGCUCCAAGUCGUACAAGAAGACGGAGUCGGACGAGGACUCGGAUUUUGACGAUUAAGCUCAGGCAGCAGGGGGUGGACAGGGGGUGGCCGACCAGGCAGUGGGCACUGGGCGGCGGCUUAGUUCCCGUCAAGGCAGGGGCGGAGUACUGGCGGGCCGCUUGGCUUGGGUUGAAGGCUUGAGGAGCUUGACGGGGCCUGCGGAGCUUGGCUGACGGAAUGGGGACGGGGCGGCUGCAGCGUCACCAGAACUGACCAGUACUCGGUGGUGGUCGGCGGGGAGGUUCAUGCCGUGGGCUGUGCUGCGGAACAUGCUGGCGUGUAGACGUGUGGCAUUGCGAGCGAGUCGGCAUCGACCAAUUGUGACAGUCCGCUGCAGUCCGAUAGGACCAUGAUUGCGUCUCACAGACAAUACCGCACACGCAGGUAUGGCGAAGCAGGUGAACUGUGCCAUUGCCGUUCUCGUUGGUUGGCUGUGCGUGGACGGAGUACCGUACAUAGUGUGUGGAUGGUAUACCCACAGACCCUGCUGAUGACGACACGAGUGCGGCGGCCAAGAUCCGGCGCUGUUGGUUGGUGCUAGGCAUCGCAGUCUCGGAUGGCUGACUGAGAGGGACACAAGGGAGUGGUACACAACGAAUGAUGAAGUGUGCAUACCUAUGACCGGCGCAUUGGCCGUGCGCAAGAUUGCAGCGUUAGGUGGCACGGAUGCGGGAUGUCCAUACCGUACGGUAAUGUAGCCGUUGCAAGGGCAGUUAUGGCGCUACCACUGCUACCAAUGCAUUAGCAUGCUGUAAAUGUUCAAGAAG